AUGUUCCAAACCGACCUUGAAAAAGAAAAGACCAUCCAAGGCACAGCCCACUUCCAUCGCCUAGGUUGGAAGCGCCUUACCGUCGUCCUCAUCGUCCAAGCCAUUGCCCUCGGUAGUCUAAGUCUCCAUGGAGCUUUCGCUACCCUCGGAAUGGUCGCUGGCGUUAUAUUGUGCAUUGGAAUCGGCUUGAUCGCUAUGUAUGCUAGUUACAUGGUUGGUCUUGUCAAGCUGCAGUACCCUGACAUCGAUCAUUAUGUCGAUGCUGGUCGGCUUUUGAUGGGAGGCUUUGGAGAUAAGCUCUUCGCUGUUGUUUUCUUGGGGCUGCUGAUCUUGGCUACUGGCUCUCACUGCUUGACCGGCACCAUUGCCCUUGUCAAGAUCACGGGAAGCAGCGUAUGUACCCUCGCCUUUGGGGUCAUCUCUGCUGUCAUCCUUAUGGUGCUCGCUAUUCCACCUUCGUUUACUGAGAUUGCGAUCCUCGGUUACAUCGACUUUAUCUCUAUCAUCCUUGCGAUCGGUUUCACCAUGAUCGCCACUGGGAUUCAGCGGUCAGACGCCCCAGGUGGCUUCUCAUCUUCGACUUGGUCAGCGUGGCCGCAAGACGACCUCAGCUUCACCCAGGCACUUACAGCGGUAUCCAAUAUCGUCUUCUCGUAUGCAUUCGCUGCAGCCCAAUUCUCCUUCAUGUCCGAAAUGCAUACCCCAGCCGACUUCACCAAAUCCAUCGUCACUCUAGGCCUUACAGAAAUCGUUCUGUACACAAUCACGGGAUCAGUCAUCUAUGCCUUGGUUGGUCAGGAAGUUCAGUCCCCGGCCUUGUUAUCCGCCAGCCCAUUGGUGUCAAAAGUCGCGUUCGGCAUUGCCUUACCCGUCAUCUACAUCUCAGGAUCUAUCAACGCCACGGUUGCUUGCAGAUUUAUCCACGGUCGACUUUACAAGAACACUAUUACACGGUUCAUCAAUACCCGCAAGGGCUGGAUCACUUGGUUGGCAUUCGUUGCCUUUGUAAUCUUCCUUUCGUGGGUUAUCGCAUAA